AUGAAUGCUAAUCCAUAUCCAAAUUAUGCAUUUGGUUUUGAUCCUUUGACCGGUAAACACAAAGUAUUGUGCAUGUGGGAGAUAUCCCGAUAUGCUCCUUGGGAUGGAAAUGGAAUGGUGCACGUGAAAGUUGAUAUUAGUUGUGAAGUUUUUACUGUCGGUGAAAAUAAAUGGAGGAAACUAGAUGAUGUGCCGCCGGUGGUUAAGUUACAUGGACGUCCUGUUUAUGCAAACGGCUCCAUCUAUAUAAGGAAUUCUGGUUUGAGUGACCCUCCGGGUGAUGAACUCAUUCUGGCAUUUGAUGUUGGAACUGAAAAGUUUAGAGUGAUUGAGAUCCCCACAUUCAUCGUUAAAUAUUCUGCGACUUCAAGAGAAAGUUGUAGUUUUCUGGGAGAAUAUUUCUUACAAGUAGAUGGAUACAUGGCUCUAUUGGAUAGAGUGGAUGAGGAUGUUGUCAAACUAUGGAUAUCUGAUGAUAGUUGCAGUGAGAAGAAGAGGACUACGAAGUGGACCGAGGAAACCAUAUUGCUUCCUUUUCCGUGGGGAAGAGGGUGUCCUCUUGAUGUUACUGCAGUCGAAGGAACAAAUCAACUAAUCAUAACAUCACCUACUCCCGGUACGUGUCUUAGAUCAUUUGUGAGUCUGUAUAUUUAUGAUCGGGUUACGAAGAGUUCUCAGAAGAUUGACAUCACUGGUAUAGUAGCAUCACCGUUAUUGAUGCGUCCAUAUGGUUACGACAUGUUUAUCUAUCACGAAAGUCUUGUACCUGUUCAUCAAAAGCCAGCUGCAGAAGAGAUACCUGAUCAAACUUGCAGCUUCACCACUGGUUUAAAGAUGGAAUAA